UGUGGGACCUGCUUGAGCGACUUUAGUGGCGACACGGUGAAGUGGCUACUGUUGUGUAAUUGAGGAGGGGACAUCCCUACUCAGACAGCCGUUAAUUUGUUUGUUUUCUGGUUUGCUUUGACUACUACAAUUUACUUCGAGCAAUUCUGUCUUACGGUCAAUGAGGAUCAACAACAGAUUGGCGAGAGGAACUACUGUAGCAAGCUAGCUUUGGGUUUGUGGAUUGGUUGGUUGUCAGCGAGAGAUUUACGGGGUGGUUUGUUCGAUCACAGUGGAAGAGAACCGAACGCGAACGUAAUAACACGACAUUUUUGUAGAUGUGAGGAAACGUGAACAAUCAAAAGGUUUCUCAGAGGUUGGUUGUGGUGGAAUUAGAUAACUACCUUUGUUCUCUAAAAAGGUCUAGAUAGGUUUUUGUUUAUACAGAUCGUCGCGGACUAUGGCUCAUGGACAUCAUGUAGCCAGUUCCCAAAAAGCACUAAUGUUAGAGAUGAAAAGUCUUCAAGAUGAGCCAGUUGAAGGGUUCAGGAUAACUUUAGUGGACGAGUCGGACUUGUACAACUGGGAAGUUGCAAUAUUUGGACCCCCAAAUACUCACUAUGAGGGAGGUUAUUUUAAGGCUCAGAUCAAGUUCCCCAUCGACUAUCCUUACUCUCCUCCGGCCUUCCGCUUCCUCACCAAGAUGUGGCACCCCAACAUCUACGAGAACGGGGACGUGUGUAUCUCCAUCCUGCACCCCCCAGUGGACGACCCCCAGAGCGGAGAGCUGCCCUCUGAGAGAUGGAACCCUACACAGAAUGUCAGGACGAUCCUUCUGAGUGUCAUCUCUCUGCUCAACGAGCCUAACACAUCCUCCCCGGCCAAUGUGGACGCCUCCGUCAUGUACCGCAAGUGGAGGGACAGCAAGGGCAAGGACAGAGAGUUCACAGAGAUCAUCAGGAAACAGGUCCACGCCACCAAAGUGGAUGCUGAGCGGGAUGGAGUGAAGGUGCCAACCACCCUGGCAGAGUACUGCGUCCGCACCCGUGCCCCACCCCCAGACGAGGGCUCCAACCUCUUCUACGACGAUUACUAUGACGAUGAGGACUUGGAGGACGAAGACGAGGAAGAUGGCGAGGACUGCUGCUACGACGAAGAUGACUCGGGAACCGAGGAGUCCUGACGACCCCCUCCCCACCCCUUCUUCACCCCACUAUCACCACACCCCCCUUAAACUGAACUCAUACUCCACCCUUCGUCUAUACACCCUUACAGAUCCCCCACAGCAGUGCAGCCACACCUGCACGUUAAACCCAGAUGCGUUUAAAAGCUACGGAGUUAGUUUGUCCAUUUGUUUCUGGUGUUUUUAUUUUCCUGUUGGUCAGUGGAGUGUUAGAGAGAUAAUGUUAGAUCUACAUAUUAUUCACAUGGUUUGCUCUUCAUGGCGACGCCCCUCAAUUCUCAAUUACCGCUUGCUUUUGAAAGUUUUGCGUAAGGCCUCUGUCUCCUGUAGAGUGUCUGUACCCAUCACUAGCUCAGGCCUGCCUGCCUCUGUCUGGGUACAGACACUCUACAGGAGACAGAGGCAGGCAGGCCUGAGCUAGUGAUGGUCAUCUUAGCUGUGUGACCUCUCACCUGGUUGACAGCUGUGUGAAGCCAGCCUGCCUGGCCCACGAGCCUAGCUGAGGCUAGGAGACCCUUAGCUCAAAAGCCAAGUCUUACUGAGUGACUUGACGGCCUGUAAUGAUGAGAUGGGAGUAUUGCAGAUGGUUGAUGUUAUAAUACUGAUGUACUCUUUCGGAGACCUUUGCACCCUUUCAUACACAUUUGUUUCGGUAUGUUAAGUGGCAGUGGUCUGAGCUCGGUGUCUUUACCCAUGGCCUGAACAACCGAGUUAAACACACAGCUCCUAACACUGAUCACCACCACAUGCUUUUUCAUAAGUCCAACACCACGUGCUUUCAUCUCAUGUAAUUCCUCACCAGCCACCUCAACUGCUCAUCUAAAGAUGGGAGUGAGGAAUAGUGUCUCAAUGUGUGUCUAUAUGGGUGUUUCGGUGGUGGUUCAUUAUUUUAUUCAAAUAUAGUGCAGGAAUGCUGUGCAGAGAGAAGUGAGUUAGACACCUCCCUCUGGCAAGUCUGUGCAACAGUGAUGGCCUCGCACAGCAGCCAUCUUGAAUUAGCUGAUUUGUUUAGAUUGCAUCCUGUCAGUCACUUCCCAAAACAUUUCACAUGACUAGAAGUGCUCGCAAAACGAGUAGCUCCAUCACACAGGAUUUGACACACUAAGUACAAACUAUAACAGUAUUCACACCACACCACAUUUCUGUUGCUUCAGUAGUGUGUAAAUGUUCAUUCAUCGUUACAACGUGACUAUUUGAUGCUAAGUUUUAGAGAUGAAAAGUGCAUUUCCCAGCUGAUGCUAGGGAUGUGGAUAGGGAGCUCAGUGGUAUAUGUUAGGAGCAGGUCAUACAGCCAACCCACUAGCAUGUUGGGUGGUAUUAGGCUCGGCAUAGUGCGGUUGGGAAACUGUGAUGAUUGAGAAUGGGUCGAGGGCUCCCCUUUGUGUUCUUUUGAUGUAGUCUUUUACUUCAGACUUAAGGUGUUUACAACUAUAUUUUUUCCCCUUUACAUGUACCAAGUGCAAUGAUUCUCAGCCUUUUUUGUUUUAAACACCAUGUCAUGGGGGUUAUUCAUUGGACUUAUCAGUACAUUUACCACCCGUUUGUUUUCGAUACAGAAACAUUCAGGUAUUCUAUUUUUUCCAAUAGAGAAAAACAAGUGAUUACUGAACACUUGUACUCUUUAUGUCGUGUUAACAUCUUGAGUAUGAAGCAUGUACACAUCAAUCCAAUCAUCAUGAAUUAAUGUAACUGUUUUACAUUCACCAUAUACAGCUGUUACGUUAUGUGAAUAACCCCCAUUUUGUUUUACUGUAAUGUUUGGGGCAAUUGGAAUUUUGUGAAGCUGCCGAUUUUAUCAUGUAAUUUCCCUCCCAAUGUGCUACCUUCCCAUCUAUACAGACGUCAUCAGCGAGGGACCCCCGGCUGUUACCAAAUUCCUCAGGAAAACAAAACCACUAACUUUUUCACAUUAGACUGAAUCUGACCACUGUGUGUGUGUGUGUGUGUGUGUGUGUGUGUGUGUGUGUGUGGACAACUGUUCUCUGCAACGCUGGUCCCCCAAACCUAUCACCUCUGCUUCAAAGACUGUUUAUAAUCUUUACCUUGAUAUUAAUAUGCAGAUGUGGAUAUUUUGACGAUAAUUUGAUGUAUUUUUGUUCUUGUUUGUAUUUUCUUUUCUAAUGUUUUGUACAUCUAUUUAAAACCUAAAUAAAGAUCUUUAUUAGA